GUUGCCAGAAGAAAACAUAGUAGAGGUGAAUAAUUUCCGUUUCGCUGCAGGAAACUACGUUGGUCGUUCUGAGCGCGUUUUCUCUCUUUUUUUUUAACGGGAUAUGGAGGUUCUCUCCCCACAAAGCCAUUCUAUAGAAGAUUAUUCCUCGUUGGAUGAGUCUUGGGACUCCCGUCUACCAACUCCCCUUGCAUUAGACUUUUCAUUGUUAAGGGGGGAAGCGGAUUCCAUCCCCAACACACAAAGGAGCCUUUCAGAUAUGGAUGAACAAGAGUUAUAUGUUGGUAGUUCUGGCAAUGAAGAUUUUACAGCCACGCCAUUUGCUUUAAAUGGGCCUAUGGCAACAAAUGGUAUUACUGAAAAUGAUACUGAAUAUCUUCGGAUGGCAAAGAAAGGUGGUGGACAUGCAGAUUUGUUAAAAGUCAAACCUCACACACCCACCCCUGAACCAGUUAGAUAUGAAAAGAAGGAUGGACAGUGGUACACACAUGAUGGAGUGGAUGUCAAGGACACACAACAAAAGAAAGAAAUGCUUACACUGUCCAGGGACCAUCUAUCUUCAUCUGCUAACAGCUCAGUAGACAGUAAGACAGACACAGAAUAUCUUCAACUUGCAAAGCAAGGUGGAGGGCAUAAAGAUUUAUUAACAGUAGUUCCCCACACACCCACUCCUGAACCAGUCAAAUAUGCCAAAAAGGAUGGACAGUGGUACACACAGGAUGGAGUGGAUGUGAAAGAGACCCUACAGAGGAAAGACUUGUCUUUGGCUUUGAAUGGAUUACUCGCUAAUGGUGAUGAUGCACAACCAGCUGCUGGAGGAAAGCACACAGACUAUCUUGACCUGGCCAAGAAAGGUGGAGGACGCAAAGAUUUAUUGACCGUUCAGGCUCAUACUCCUUCACCUGAACCAAAACAGUAUGAAAAAAAGCAAUGGGAUUGGUACAAUCAAGAUGACAUGGUGAUCAAAGAUGGACCAGAAGAUUCUGGAUCUGCUCAGAAACGUCGUCGAACUUUAAGUGAUUCUGCAGCAGAAUGUAAAGCUGAAACAGAAUACCUCCAGACUGCAAGGAAAGGGGGAGGGCAUAAAGACCUAUUGACAAUGGAACCUCACUUAUCUUCCCCUGAACCAGUCAAUUAUGAAAAGACAGAUGGACAGUGGUACACUCAUGAUGGUGUGGAUGUCAAGGAGACACAAGAGAGGAAAGAAAUGGUUACCCUGCCCAAGAGCCCACAUCCAUCAAGCACAGCAAGUUCAGUAGAUCUAGAGACAGACACAGAUUACCUGAAGACUGCUAGGAAAGGUGGAGGGCAUAAAGACUUAUUAACAGUAGAACCCCACACACCCACCCCUGAACCAGUCAGGUAUGACAAAACAGAUGGACAGUGGUACACUCACAAUGGAGUGGAUGUAAAAGAGACUCAACAAAGGAAAGACUUGUCAUCUAGUCUUAAUAACUCUCAAGACUGUGAUGUUCUAGCUGCUGGUGAAAACUGUGGAGAAUACUUACAACUGGCAAAGAAAGGAGGAGGACAUAAAGAUUUGUUGACAAUCGAUCCUCAUACACCCACUCCUGAACCUGCUAUGUAUGAAAAAACAGAUGGACAGUGGUACAGCCAUGAUGGAGUUGACGUGAAAGACUCGCAGCAAAGAAAAGAAAUGUUAACAGUUACAAGCAGUCCACGUCCAGUCAACUUUGAUAGUUCAUUGGAGGUUGACUCACAAACGGAUUAUUUGAAGAUUGCAAAGAAAGGUGGAGGACAUAAAGACCUGCUGACAGUAGAACCCCAUGCACCCACCCCUGAACCAUUAAGUUAUGACAAGAAGGAUGGACAGUGGUACACACAUGAUGGAGUGGAUGUCAAAGAAACACAGAAAAGAAAAGAAUUAGCUGUAUCUGUUGAAGCUCAGCAAGGCACGGAAACCCUAGUAUCAGCAGGAGGAAACAACACUGAAUACCUUGACUUGGCCAAGAAGGGAGGAGGACAUAAUGAUUUAUUGACAAUAAGCCCACAUACACCUUCAUCUGAACCGAUAAGAUAUGACAAGAAGGAUGGUCAGUGGUACACUCAUGAUGGAGUGGAUGUCAAAGAAACACAGCAACGAUUAGACUCAAUUGUGUCACUUGAUGAUCAGAAGAACAGUGAAUGUGUCGUAGCCGCAGGAUGUAAUAACAGAGAAUACCUGGAGUUGGCCAAAAAGGGUGGAGGACAUCAAGAUCUAUUAUUAGUUCAACCUCACAUGCCCACCCCUGAACCAGUCAUAUAUGAUAAGAAAGAUGGACAGUGGUACACCCAUGAUGGAGUGGACAUAAAAGAGUCACAACAGAGAAGAGAUUUGUCGGUGACCCUGGAAAGUAUUCCAGAAGAUACCUCGGCUGCUGGAGAACACAAUGGCGAUUACCUAGAAACAGCCAGACAGGGAGGACGCAAAGACUUGUUAACAGUGGAACCCCACACACCCACCCCUGAACCAGUCAGAUAUGACAAGAAGGAUGGACAGUGGUACGCACAUGAUGGAGUGGAUGUUAAAGACACACAACAGAGAAAAGAAAUGGUAACAGUUGCAAGCAGUCCUCGUUCAACAAACCUGGAUAGUUCAUUGGAAGUGGACACAGAAACAGAUUACUUAAAGAUUGCAAAGAAAGGCGGAGGACAUAAAGAUCUGUUAACAGUAGAACCUCACACGCCCACCCCUGAACCAGUCAGAUAUGACAAAACAGAUGGAGAGUGGUACAAUCACGAUGGAGUUGAUGUUAAAGACACUCAGCAAAGAAAAGAAAUGGUCACAGUGUCCUCAAGUCCACGCCCAUCAAGUAGGUCAAGUUCUGAACAAAUUCCAACAGAAACUGAUUAUCUCAAGAUUGCUAAGAAAGGUGGAGGACAUAAAGAUCUGUUAACAUUGGAACCCCACACACCUACCCCUGAACCUGUCAGAUAUGACAAGAAAGAUGGACAGUGGUAUGCUCAUGAUGGAGUGGAUGUCAAAGAAACACAGAAAAGAAAAGAAAUGGUAACAGUUUCUAAAAAUCCAUAUCCAUCAGACUUGGAGGGCUCAACUAACACCCAGAAAGAAACAGACUACUUAAAGAUGGCCAAAAAGGGUGGAGGACAUAAAGAUCUUCUAACAAUUGAGCCACACACCCCAUCACCAGAACCACAGAGAUACCAAAAGAAUGGAGGGGACUGGUACAGUCAAAAUAAUAAGGACACAACAAGAGCAACAGUUUCACCACCCAGUCCAUCUGAAAACAACAAUAACGUUACAUCAGACUAUUUAAUGUUGGCAAGGAAGAGUGGCGGUCAUUCUGAUGCAACUCGAAGUCCUCGUAAAAACACUGGAAAUUCAAAUGUAUACAACAACACUAACACAGAAUACCUUAAAAUGGCUAGAAAAGGUGGAGGCCAUAAAGAUCUUUUGACUAUGGAGGCCCACACACCAUCUCCUAAGCCGCAGAGAUACCAAAAGAAGGGAGGGGACUGGUACAAUCAAGAUUAUAUUGAUGGAAGUAAAACGCGAGGGAAAAAAGGAACUCAACAUCAAAAUGGUAACUCCCCGAAAGAAAUCAGUACUGAAACUGAGUAUCUUAAGAAAGCACGGAAAGGAGGGGGACACAAAGGCCUUUUAGCAACUGAACAUCACAAACCCAGUCCUACCCCCACGAAUUCAGAGAGCAAGCUCGGAGACUGGUACUAUCACGAUGGAAUUAAUGGUAAAGAGUCACUUCAGAAGAAAGAAUCUCCUGCUUAUAGUCCAAGGAAAUCAAACGUGGAAACUUCAUCGGCUUCCAGUGAAUACUUGAAAAUGGCGAGGAAAGGAGGUGGACAUAAAGACUUACUCAUGAUGACGCCUCACCAAGCCAGCCCGAAACCAAAGGAAGCGAAGAAGCAAAAUACAGAUACAACUCCGGUAAACAGCCCCAGGACUGUAAGUAGCUCGAAUAGGGAAUCCACGGAAUACCUCAGACUGGCUCGCAAAGGUGGCGGCCACCCAGAUCUUCUAAGCAACUCCCCACGACAGUGUGACUCAUCAGUUGCAAACCGUUCUGAUGUAAUGGAAAGUGCACGCAAAAUUGACCCCAAUACAUCUCUACGGCGAAGUGCAAGUAUGCGGCACAGAGGUCCAGUGUCUGACUAUCUUGGUGUAGCUCGUAAAGGUGGUCAUCACAAAGAUUUGUUAACGAUGCCCGAAACGAGUAACUUUAGGAGAGAUCAAGAAUCACGCAGAAGUCUACGGAGCUUCAGAAGCCCUGUUACCUCUCAAGUGGAUGGAUCACCAAGACCCAGGACAGCCGAGCCUCGUCCGCCAGCGUGGAUGGGGGGCUCUGGACCUGAGAGAGUCGGUACUCCGGUGAAAAGGACUCUUAUUGCGCCAUUUGCUUACCACGAGGGCUCUCUAGGGGCGGCAAGGAACCCUGACAAAAUUUAACAUGACAUAACAUAUAUCUCAUUAUCAUCAACAGAUUUAACCGGCGAUCCGAGAAACGAUUUAUUUAAAUAAUUUUCUUGAAAUGGUUUUUACAGUAGAGAUAUUUAGAUGCAGAAAGUAAAGUUUAAUGAAUUCUUAGAUGUAAAAGAUAAUGUCAAAUGAAACAUUGCUGUUUUAGAUUUUAGCAAAUUAUCCUCGCAGAUAAGAUACAAUUUCAAUUUCAAAUUUGAAUUUAAUGUUUAUGUAAUUAGAUAAUGAACACCUGUGAACAAAAAUUUUGUAGUGCCGUGACAUAAAAAUUUUAUCUGCAUGAGUAUUGAAUGAAGUAGUUUAUGAGUCUAAAGGAAUUUUUAGAGUCGUUUUACGUUCAAAGAAAGGGAUUUAAUUUUCAGCUGCAACGUUUUUCCUUUUCACUGUGAUCACGUAGUUCAUUAAAGUUAAUAGAGGAAAAGCCAUUUAUACACAAUUUUUUGUUAAGUACACUGAAGAUAAUUUUUACCGAAAAAUUCGUAAAACUAUUGGUUGUAGUUAAAGCACAAUUUUUAAUCAUUUCUUAAUAUGGGAAAACACUCAAUAGAUAAAUUGUUCGGUAUUAAUCAAUUGCUUUGGGCUUAGGUAACAAGUUACCGCGUAAGCUACUAAAAGAGUUGCUUGUUCGUAACUGAUAUGCUCGAGUCACAAAUUAUUUCUUAUGAAUAUAUGUGAUAUUUAAUACAAUUUUUACCCCUUAUGAAAGUUUUAGAUUUUGAGAUCAUGAUCGUUUAAGUCUCCGUUGAGAGUAUUCAUUCCUUCAAACAAUCGUCAUCAUAAGUUCAAGCAUAACACUUGCUCUUAGCAUAAAUUUAAAGGAUGUCACUUACUACAUUUUGCUUCAUGACUCAACGAAAUUGCCAGUUGCGAUACGGCUGUAAAUUUUGUGGGCGUAGGGGAUGAUAGACUUUUCACUCUUGAUGAGAACAGUGGAGUCAGCAGGGGGAGGGGAGGGGAGGGGUUAAAGAUCUUAAUGAAACACCUUUGCGUGGCUUAAUGCACUUUAAAUGAAUCUUGACAACCUUUCUUGGCGUUAGUGGCAGUUUCAAGGUGUAUGGUAAUCUUUCAUAGAGUUAGCAUGUAGCAGUUUUUAGUAUUUAUAGCGAGUACAAUUUCAUCCUUGAACAAGCCUUUGCUCCAAUUGAAGGGGUAGUACAUUGCGAGACCUUAUCUCAAAAGAACACUUUACGAUUAUUUACAGAUUUUGUGGGAUAGAAGUCGGUAGCCUUAUUGCAAAGUGAAGAAUCGAAGCGAACAUAACAAUUUUAUUUCUGAACGUUUUUAAGUCUUUUUCAUUAACACCAUACAAGCAUACCUCAUUUUUAUUUUACAUCAUUUUUAUUUUACAUCAUUUAUAUUUAUUAUGGCCAGCUUUUUAGAUGUCUCCGGGGUUAAAGAGGCCAAGAUCGACUCGAAUUUAUCUUUUAAAUUCUUGCUUGCUGUCUUAAUCCUGAUAAGACAGUGAUAAAUGUCCCAAAAAAAAAUGAUAAUAAUAGACAAACUUGCAGAAUUUUGAAACUCCAGUUUUGACCAUUUUGUCCAUUUAGUGUUCAGUGAUCGUUCUAGAAGAAAUAGUUAUAAUUUAGAUAUUGAUAAAUAAGUAAGACUGUAAAGCAGAGAGCAUGAACACUUAUGUUAGGUAGUGACGCUUCGGGGAAAAUCACAACAGAAUUAAAUUGCAGUUCAUCAGA